AUGAAGUUCCUCAUCCUUCUGGCCCUGUUCGGCGCUGCCUUCGGGCAGAACCUGCGCGCCGAGGUCGACCAGCUGCUUCCGUUCCUCAACAUGGACCAAGUACGCUCGAUCUACCAGCGGUACGUGCAGACCGACGCCCAGGUCGGCGAGAUCUGGAGCUUCCUGCAGUCGGCCGAAACCGACGCGGCCUGGCGGGUGCUCAUCACCACGCCCGAGCUGCAGGAGAUUAGCGCCUGGACGGAGGUCCGUGGCGUCAGCAUCCGCGACUACCUGAACACUAUCGCGGCCAUGCUGGGGCUCACCCCGAUCACCCGCUCGGUCACCGCCAAAUCGCCGGCCUCCCGCUCCUGGAACGCCAUGAUGGACGAGAUUCGCGCCGCCACGAACCUGGACGGUGCUGCGGCGCUCGCCGCCACGUUCAUCGCCAACCCGUCCAGCGAGUUCGGUGAGCUGUACCGCAUGAUUCAGGCCCGCCAGGCCGGCUUCACGCGCCUCAUCGCGCACCCGGAUGUCACCCGCUUCUCCGCCCAGCUGCGCGCCUUCGGCGUCGACGUCGACCAGAUCAUCGCCCGCGUCCAGGCCUUCUUCGGCUGGAACUGA